GACAUACUCUUCUAUCGCGUUUUAUGGAUGCUCCAAUUUUGUCGCACCAACAGAUUUUGUUAAAGCUAUCGUUAUUGAGUUACCAUUCGAUGAAUUUAUUAUUACCCGAAUAUAAUAUACAUAAACGUAGUGCCAAUUAGCUCUCGAUGCGUAAUUAUUAGUGUCGUGUUAUUCACGAAUGACAAUCGAAGAGCGAAGAUUCAAAUUUUUGUUACUAACAUGAACUAUUUCUCAUGCGUACGAAAUUUUAUUGUGACGGUAUGAUUUUACUUACUUUAAAACCUCGAAUUCUUAUUUUAAACGAACGAAAAAUUCACGUCUCUCGGAAGCCAGGAUUUACCGCGUGGAUGUUAUUCUGUUUGUCAACAAUUAUUUUCACGGAAAUAUCUUGGCACUUGACACGCGAUCUUCUUUAUAUGAUUGGCUUACUUUUGGGACAAAUUAUGUUCAUUUUGGAUGGAUUCGGAGAAUGGCAAGACUUAUUAUUAGACAAAGAUGAAAAUAAAGCUACUAUUAAGAGAUAUAAUUGGAUAGAUAAAUUGUAUUUUAACGUAACGUACGAUGUGUGCGUCUCGAUGAAACUUAGCGACAUAAGAUACGUAGGUGCUACCGUAGAAAUGGGCCUUUUUAUCCUUAACAAAAAUGGAAACACCAGAUCUUUGAGUAUGCAAGGUUUAACGAGAAAAGAAUUGCAACUAUUGAAAAAACGAAUUAAUUGUUUCCUCGAUUCAAAUUAAUUAAGUCAUUACUUUACUUAUUAACUCGAUCGAUAAAAUUUUAUUAAAUCUCUUAUCUUUGAAUUUGUAAGAGACAAUAGCAAUAGUAUUGUAUCGAUUU